UGGCAUUUGAGUCUCUAACAAUACAUAUUAUUCUUAGAGCAAUUAGUUUCUGCCUACCUGGUACGUGUCCGUACCCACCACGGCUAUUUCAAGGUCGUCGAUUUCGUUUUAGCCAUCCAAUUUUUGAUAGUUAUCCAAUUUGUUGCAAUACAUCUCAGCGAAUCUGCUAGUACAAAAGAUGGUUAACAAUAAGGGAUCAGCUAGUGGUUUGGAAUGGCGCGUAAAACUGAAUGAUGGGUCUACGGAGAUACUAGUGCCGGAAACAAACUUUUUCCGCAGAAUUGGGUUAAGGUUAUGGGGAUCAGUUUCACAGUUAGUUUUGAGUUUUCAGAGUUUUUUCAAGAAAGCUUGGGAAUUAGGGGUAGAUGAUCCUAGAAAAUUUAUUCAUUGUCUCAAAGUAGGUUUGGCUCUUACCGUAGUUUCACUAUUUUACUAUAUGAGACCUCUAUAUGAUGGUGUUGGUGGGAAUGCUAUGUGGGCUGUUAUGACCGUUGUUGUUGUCUUUGAGUUCACUGUCGGUUCGACAUUAUAUAAAUGUAUAAAUAGAAUAGUGGGGACUUCUCUUGCUGGUGUUCUCGCUAUAGGUGUCCACUGGGUUGCCAGUAAAUCCGGCGAAAAACUUGAGCCUGUAAUUCUCGGUGCAUCAGUCUUCUUGUUAGCUAUAUCGGCGACUUUCUCAAGAUUUAUUCCUACAAUCAAAGCUCGGUUUGAUUAUGGUGCUAUGAUCUUCAUACUCACGUUUAGCUUGGUCUCAGUAUCGGGUUAUAGAGUCGAUAAGUUAUUUGAUUUGGCUCAGCAAAGACUAUCCACCAUCGCCGUAGGAACUGCCUUGUGUCUGCUUGUAAGCAUGCUUAUUUGCCCAGUGUGGGCUGGCAAGGAUCUUCAUGAUCUUAUCAUUCGUAACAUGGAGAAACUCGCUGAUUCAUUAGAUGGAGGUAUAGCCGAAUACUUCACAGAUAACUCAAAUAUGGACGAAAAGGACUGUCGUAAAAAAUUGCAGGGCUACAAGUGUAUACUUAAUUCGAAAGCUACAGAAGAUUCUCUGGCGAAUUUCGCAAGAUGGGAACCUGCCCACGGGAAUUUUGGCUUUCGACAUCCGUGGACUCAGUAUCUUAAGAUUGGGGCAAUGAUGAGAAACUGCGCUUACUGUGUAGAAGCUCUCAGCGGUUGCAUGAAUUCGGAUAUUAAUGCAAAUGAGUGUACAAAGAAACACCUCAGUGAAGUGUGCAUGAAACUGAGUACUCAUUCUUCAAUGGUCUUGAAAGAGCUAGCCGUUGUGACCAAGUCUAUGACUAAAUCUACUGCGAUAGAUUUCUUAGUCGAACAGAUGAAUUCUACAGUUGAAGAUCUUCAGACAACUAUAAAGUCUCUUCCUACUCAAUUCAGUCCUCCAUCAACGGGUCUUGAAGGUCAUGCUGAGGAAAAAGAAAAGAAAGAUAAUCCGAUUAUCUCACCAAUAAUAGUUCCCUUCAUGGACGUUAUACCGCUUGUUACUUUAUCUUCUCUAUUGACUGAAAUUACAAUAAGAAUUGAAAAAAUCGUUCAAGCCGUGGAUGAGUUAUCGAUGAUGGCGGACUUCAGCACUGAAAAUGAAAAGAAGAAGAAUCAACAAACAAACCCUGACAAUGAAAAUGAAAAACAAGGUGAUCAAGAAACCAUGAAGGCCCUUCAAAUGGUCUGAGUUCUGCAGAGAGAUAAUUUUGUUUCUGUUUAUUAAAGAAAACAAAAAUGAUAUAUGAUCAUGAUGAUGAUGAAGAAGAAGAAGAAUUAGGAUGCUGUAAAGAGGUUGUACAGUCAAAGUAUAGUGUGUGAUUGCUUCCUUAGCUUAUAUUACUUGCAGUUAUUAACUACUAAACCAACCAUGUGUAGGGACUAAGGAUUGUAUACUACAAUAAGAGAUUUGUUAUCCCGCUA